AUAAAAUCCUUGAAAACAAAAAUCAGCUUUCGUUUUGACACACUUCCUGGAUUAUGGAAAACGGUUUCUUAAAUGGGACCGCUAACAUUGUGGGAUCAAUUAAAGAAUAUCACGAAGUGAUGAAAGUCAAGGUUGUUACCGUUGGAGACAUGAACGUGGGUAAAACGUCAUUGGCUGUCAGAUAUGCUAAACACGAGUUUAUACCAUCUUAUAAUGAAACGAUUGGGGCUAGUUUUUACGUGAGGUCCAUCGAGGUAUCUGGGAAAACCUUUUUGUUCCAGAUCUGGGAUACUGCCGGGCAAGAGAGGUUCCGAAGUCUUGUUCCUAUGUACCUUCGAGAUGCCAAAAUAGCCAUAUUAGUUUAUGAUGUAACAAGCAAGGAAUCUUUCGACAAUGCUGCUAACUGGCUGAAGGACCUAUUGGCCAGUAGUCCAACCUCAGUGAAGAUCGCUAUGGUUGGAAACAAGAUGGACCUGCCAGAACAACGGACUGUGUCCACUGAGGUUGGGAAAUGUUUUGCCUCUCAGAAAAACUUGGCUUUCGUUGAAACUUCGGCAAAAACAGGUGAAAACGUAGAGAGGCUAUUUGCCAUGCUAGCCGAGAUGAUGUUGGAGGAGGCAGAUUCUUUGGACAGACAAACAUCAACUGAUACGACAUUAUCAUCGCCCACUGUUGACGUCAGCAAUUUAACGUCACCAACUCCAGGUCGAAGAAAAUGCUGUCACUUAUGAUGUUAAAACAAAAUCUACAUACAAUAUGUAUGUACUUAUUUGUAAUAUAUUUGUCAAUGUAAAAUUGAGUAUGGGUUGUUAUUCUAAUGUUUAUUAUUAGGUAUUAAGCUAUAUCAUUUUAAAGGCAACGAGCACUGCAUCAUAAUGUACAUGCAAUUGAUAGCAAUAUUUCGGUUUUAACGUAUUACAACAUUGAAUGUCGUCUUUUAAUAUCACAUGAUUUGGUUACCUGUCAAGAAAUUCACUUCCAGUUAAGCCCUAUAUUAUCGAAUACCUUUCUGAAAAAAUCUUGGACGAAGAUGAAAUUCACUACACCUAUCGGUCAAAAAUGUUAACGAAUGAACAUCACACGAGAAAAGAAAAUUAAUCUCUGUUGACAUCACAUAUAAAAAUGUAUAAACAAUGACCUACUCCAUAGCACAUGUACAGUGUUGAUCACCUGAGCAUGAUUUACUUUCAGUAGUAGUUUACGGCGAACAAACGGAUAACACUGUUGACCGAUAUUGUGUUCAUAAUAAUUGGUGAUUUGCAGUAUUACAAAAUGGCAUGCCAACUAAUUUAUGUUGUAUUAAUUUAUAAGAAAUGGGUAUUAUUACGUAAGCCAAUGUAAUCAUUGAGAAAAAGUCAUAAUAUUG